AUGAAGACUAGUGCUGGUGGUCGCACAGCCGCUGGCUCUUCCUUGGCGGCAGCAUGGCCGUUGGCAGUUGUCUUGAUGACAUUCUUGUCUCCCACAGCCACGGCAUUUGAUGAAGAAAAAAAUUGGUACACUCGUUAUCCUGCCUAUCCUCCCUACUGUUCGACCCCUGAUGAAAUGGCCACUCGCGGAAUUCCCCCUCUCGAUGUGGAUGGUGGUGGCAAUAGCUCUCUGAAGCUGGGAGACUCGAGUUUAAGGCAUGUCACUGUGCUUUUGCGACAUGGUGCUCGCACGCCCUGGGGUAAUACUUUGAACUGCUGGGAUGACUACUGGUCCAAUCCUGAGACUGGAGUUUGGGAUUGCAAUCUCACGGCAUGGCUAUCGCCACCUCCACCGGAACGAGUCACCGAAGAAGGUGCCGAAGCAGGAAAUGACGAAGCCAUGUUUCUUUUUGAAAAGCGAUAUGAUGCCUUGAACUUUCCUAGUGGCAACCUGUCCAACUUCUUGAAUGGCACUUGUCAAAAGGGUCAGUUGCUGUUGCAAGGGUACAAGCAAGAAUUGCAGAAUGGAAAGUUUUUGAGAGACGCAUAUAUCCACGACAACUCCAACGAAAACACCCCUCGUUUGACAUUACUGGAUGUCAGACCUGGAAGGGGCUACCUGAAAAAUGGACCCUGGCAAGCUGUUUACUAUCGUGUCGACGAUGAAGCUCGGACCCUCAUGUCGGGACAAGUCAUCCUGAGGGGCUUGUUUGGAAAGGAAAUGGAUCACUACUACGAAAAGAAAAGCAAAUACCCUGUCAUCCCCUUGCAUACAGCUGACUACAAAAGAGAUAUCAUUUCAACCAAUGAAAACAUUUGUCCUCGACUGAAAGAGAUGCGAGAGGACAUGGAGAACAGUACCGAGUAUGCUGCAAAGUUCAAAGAGUCGGAAGAAGCCAAAACAUUGAUCGACUUCACCCGCACUGUUCUCCAACUUCCCGACCAAACCCAAGACAUGCAUGCCAUCGAUUGUUUGAUGACGACAAUGUGCACGGAUCGUCCUCUGCCGGAUGCCGUCAACGAUUAUCAGCCCAGCAAUCGCCGAGAGGAGCAAGAAAUCCAGGUGGAGCAGCCAGAAGGGAGUGGUGACUAUGGUCCCAAUCUCUUCAAUCGUUUGAUGGAUUUGGACGUGGAAAAGUACACACAUGUCUCAAAGGCCAAUGACUCAGAAUACGCCAAGUUGGCCAUGGCUCCCUUGUGGCACGAAAUCUUGGAUAAACUGGAACCUCACUUGAGCAGUGACGAUGCAAGUCCCAAGCUUGCCGUCUAUUCUGGACAUGACACCACCAUUAUUCACCUACUGGCUUCGUUAGGCCAAAACGUUUGGGGCGACAAGGAUUGGCCACCUUAUGCCAGUAUGAUCGCCAUUGAGAUUCAUGAAUUCAAGCAGGACACAGACAAGUUUCCUACCGGUUUUGCCUUUCGACUCAUCUUCAAUGGGGAAGCUAUCACCAGCCUCAUUGAUGGAUGUCGCGCCGAUAUGGAUGUAUGCGAUGUCACUGUGCUGCUCAAUCGCGUCAAGAGUUUUGCUAGUAACUUGGAUAAUCGCGACUGUUCACCCAAGAAGCAAGCGCCCCCCGAAGAAGAAACAACCGAAGAAGAAACAACUGAAGAAGGAGCUUUGGAUCUUGCAAACUUGGAUCUCGAUAUAUUCCGCUCAAUCACGCCGGACGACGAAAUGGACUAUAUGAAGAGUGAAGGCAAACACAUUAUAGCAACUCCAGAGGGCAUUGUUGCGUUGGUUUUCAUCUGCCUUCUCUGCUUCAUUUUGGGCAGCAUGUUUUCCUGUUUUUGCUGCAAGUUGUGUUGUCGCGUUCGAAGACGUCCACGCGGCAGUCAAUUGGUUGCAACCGACGAUAACUGCGAUGACCUGGCGCUCACAACCACUGGCGAAAGCAGCUACCACGACAAUGCAGAAGAGAGCAACUUUGACAAUGAUGGUCAGACCAAAAGCUACACUGAUGACUACGGGGCUACGGAGGCUGGACGGGGCUACCGCGGAAAGGGCUACCGCGACCCCCCUGGUUUCAACAACCGCAUAUCAUAA